CGUGCCGAUGCGGCUGACGACACAGGUUCCCCACAACUCCAGGCGCUGCCUCCAGAAGUCUCGGAAACGCAAUUAGUUUGUCCUUAACGAACGGCGGAGGUAUUAUGCAGAAGCGGAAGGAAGCAAGCGGGUUGUAUUUAAAUUAAAAUUUUCAAUGCGCGCUUAUUACUACGCGUUGUUUACUCACACCAACAACGUACUGUUUAUGUGGUUGCUUAGCGACGCCUGAGUUUGCGAGGAUAAACUUUGAUCAAUGUUCUUCGCGCAGUCGGUUAGGUGAAAUUAUCAAGAGUUGGAUGCUUACUAACAAAAUGGAAAGCGAAACUAACAUACCCGGUGUAAUAUUGUUACGCGAUUUAUCGCUGGAGGUACGCAAAAGACUUGGAUUGGACGCGGUGACCAUACGCCAUCCUUACACAAGGGUACAAAGGGGUCUAUUGAUUCGUGAGGAGCUGAUUGAAAGAAUCAAACCCCAGGGGCAACAAACAAUUCGCGAAAUUGAUGAGCAUACUGACGAAGAUCAAUUCGCUGAUGAGGAUGAAGUGGAUGAGGCAAACGACGAAACCUUGUUGCUCAUGGUACGUACGCCUACGCACGACGAUUGCUUCCAAUUGUGCAUCAUGCCUCAAGCUGAACAGGAAACAAUUCGAUCAUUAAAACGGCUCGAAACUCGUGUAACUUCGCAAAUAAUCCGCCACCCUAGGCAUCGAUGGCAAGCGGAUCCUGCAACUGAGGAAUAUAUAAAUGCUGAAAAACCAAGCCUUUUUCGGGGUUUAGCCAAAGUUGAAAUGGAGACUAUUUAUCCUCGGUAUAAAACUAUAGAGUUGAGGUUGUGCCCUGCCCGGGAAGUGAGCAAAAAUGGCUGUUAUACGGAACUGGUUACCACCGAAAAAUAUCGCAAGGCAAUCGUUCACCAACGCCGCGUUUCCGUUUACGUACAGGCCAAGCCCUACACGAAUGAAGCAGGCACGCAAACGCCACUUAAAUAUCCGAAGACCACUUGGACGCAGUACGAGUUUGCUUAUCCGGAAAUUGCUGCACCGGACGAAGAGUUCGCCAUUUAUUUCAGUGAUAAAUUGCGCAAGAAAAUACGCGUGCUUGAAGAAGCUUUCUUGCACAAUUCGCACAUUAACUUUUACUCCCUUGAUUAUUAUUCUGGUGUGAUUCCGUAUCGGCCCGCCAUUCCACUGGAAUAUAAUUUAAAAAUAGUACUAAAAGAUGUGUUACGAUGUAAGGAUAAAAUGGUUAAUUCGAUUGUGGAAAUGGCGAAUGGUUACAUGGCGGUCUCGUAUAGUGACCAAUCAUGGAGGGCUUCGAAAAGACAGAGAGUGAAACAGUGUGCAGUGGAUUUUAAUGUGGUCCUUGUCUGGAGUACAGAAGAUCCUUUACAACCUAAAAUAUUAAUGGAUACGUUGGGUCAUAAUGUCACGAGCUUAAAAUUUAAAAAUGGUUUUCUUUUGGGAGGCUGUUCUAAUGGGCAAGUGUUGAUGUGGACCUGCAAUGUUGAUAAUAAUGACAAUACUGAUAAUGAACACUACCAAUUUGUAUGUGGGUUGCUUAACUGGUCAUGGGACAUAGUUAAUUUAAGAGUAGAAAAACCAAUUGCCAUGUCUUAUAUUGAGGAUUCUCAUCUACAUGGAAUUGGUGCUAUAGAGUGGUUAAAUCAUCAAGUGUUUGGCCGCUUUCCCCCUCUAUGUCUUCAAUUUUAUACUGUGGGAAUUGACGGUGUCUUGAAAUUAUGGAAUUGUCCCUUAGAUCUCGUUAAACCUUGUAUAGGAAAAUCUAAGUGGAAAUCAUCGAAGUGGGAUGUAAUUAGAAACCGGAUUCUGCCUAAAACUGACCAUGUAGCAGACAAUUCAGCAUUGUUUCAACUAAAGCCAUACUUUGAGAUCAAACUGACUGAGAAACCAGUCUCAAAUGCAUAUUUUUACACCGAUUCCGAAAUACAAAUAACUUUAGGUACAUAUUUAGGUGAAUUAUUGUUUUUCAAAUGGAAUACAUCCAUAAAUAAUUUCGAAGAAUAUUUGUAUGAUGCUGUCCAACAUCAUGGUCCAAUUGUCAGAAUUGAAAAACAUCCAGAGUUCGACGACAUUCUGCUGAGUGUUGGCGGCAGAGCGUUCUCGAUUUGGUUGCGCGCAAAUUUGGUCUUGGCGAGAAGUUGCUCCUCGCCUGGGGUCAAGUACACAGACGGAAGAUGGAUCCACUCUGCUGGAGGAGUUUGCUUGUCUCGUAACGACGGUUAUUUAGAAUUUUGGGAUUUUUCCACUCAAAGCAAUACCUACCUGGAAAAAAUCUGCAUCAGCAGUGAGGAAAUUUUAGAAUUUACUUUUGAUAAAUUAAAUUUAAUUACUGUAAUAUUAAGUGAUACAAGCGGAUCUAUUUUCUAUAUCGAAAUACUUAAUUAUUGCGCCAAAGAUACAGCAGAAGAUACCGAAAGCACCCGAAAAAUCUUUGAGAAUUCUGCUGAGUGUUAUUCUUCUUGGAUUAAUUGGACUAACAAGCGCAACGAGAAGAAAAAAUCAGCUGAAUUGAAACUGCUUGAGGAACAGAAAUUGGCUCAACUUAGAAAAGUGCGGCGGUCUCAACGAGCACCGGAACAUAAGACGAUAAUAACAGUAAAACCCCGGCCGACUUUCAAUCAAUUGGAAACACAAUACGCCAUCGAUACGGUGCUGAAUCAAAAGAAUUUGAGUCUGGACGAAGCGCUACGGUUGCAAGUUCCGAUACAAAUGGCUCGCGCCGAGGAAGUGCGACUAUUGCGGAAGCAACGUGGGAUAACAAGCCGGGCGAUGACGAUAUUCGCCGCAAACCUGUCGACGUAUUUGCCGCAAUUUGUGAGCGCCAACGAAGAUAAACACGCGCUACCCGCAUUAGCACCGCCCCUUUCCGCCGGCGAACAAACAGAAUUGAAGCACACCGCGGUAAAUCUGCAAUUUGAAGCCGACGGCGAACAACAAGAAGCUUUGCACGAGCAGCAGCAGCAUGUCGUGGCCGAGUACGAAUUGAUUCUCGCGGAAUUGAAAGCUUUCAUCACAAAGAAUCGAUUCCGCAUACAGCAGGCAGAGCGGCAGCCGUUUGUUCUGCGCCAUGCUUUGGGCGAAAAGCGGCGGCAAUUUUGGGCGCCAAAAGAGCGUCGACGCUCGCGGAAGGAUUUAUGAAGGCUUUACCGAGCUAGCGAAAUCUAAUAAAGGAAAUGAAUAGUUUUACAUAUGCGCGAUAGAAGUUCAUUGCACGCAUUAAUGAUUUUUUGUUGCUCUCCUUACUUGUGUCUUGCAAUA